ACAUAGUUCCUGGAAUCGUCCUCGACAUUUCUCCUUCGUUUCCUGGCCAUCUGGCGCUUUUCUUUUUGCUUUCCUUAGGGUUGAGAAAAGCCAUCCUACCGGGUCCCGUCGAGAUGAAGUCCCUUUUCAACCUCGCAUUCCUCCUGUGGCUUCUGCCCUUUUCCUACGCAUUGAGAUUCGAACUACCUGCACAUUCGGGCCACAGCGCGAAGAACGAGCGAUGUAUACGAAACUUUGUGACCAAAGACACGCUCGUUGUUGUCACUGCGAUCGUCAGUGGCAGCAGAGGGGACGGACAGAUGGUCAAUAUGCAUAUCAAAGACGCCGUUGGCAAUGACUACGGCCGACCGAAAGACGUUGCGGGGGAGAAGAGAAUGGCUUUCACGAGUCUGGCGGACACUGCCUUUGACGUUUGUUUCGAGAACACCUUGGUCGGGCGAUCCCAUUUGCAGAACCCGUCUCGCCACGUCGAACUCGACAUCGACAUCGGUGCCGACGCCCGUGACUGGUCGGCGAUCCAGGCGUCCGAAAAGCUGAAGCCCGUCGAAACCGAGCUGCGACGGAUAGGGGAGACGGUGAACGAGAUCGUGCAGGAAUUGGAGUACCUACGACUUAGGGAGCAGAAACUCCGGGACACCAACGAGAGCACCAACGAGCGGGUGAAGUGGUUCGCUCUGGGAACGAUGGGAAUGCUGGUGGGCUUGGGUGCGUGGCAGGUCGUGUAUCUGCGAGCUUACUUCAGGUCCAAGCACCUCAUCUAAUCGCCCUUGCCACAAUCUUGUACUAUUCUCCGUAUGUCGAGGAAUUGCCAUACUCCAAAAAAGAAACCUUUGCAGGGAAGGAACGAGAGAUAUAAUGAUGAUGAUCCCUGGUUUAGAUCAAAGAAGAAAAAAGUUCACUUCGAUGUGGUGUCAUAAUAACAACAUCGCAUUCUCUGUAUUUCCUACGCCCCGGCAGAGGCAUCCCGAAGAGAGUAUAAUUGAAAAGUCGCAUCGUCGUGACAGCAAUGAAAUCGACUGAUUGUGCAGGCAUGCGUUACGAUCAUCUUCACAAAGACGCAGGCCACAGUGUGUACACCCAAAACAGUCCACCCUCG